ACCCUAAGUCUUCGUCCCACCCUGUUGUCGUAGCAUAAUCCAUUGUUGGUUUGUUCCGAAGCUCUUCGGGGGAGCCCGCACGACACAAUUCCUUGUCGUCUUCUAGACCUCGCAGCGUGUGAUUGUUUCUACGUGUGUGUGUGUGUGUGUGUGAUCAUGAGACCUCCAUUGACGAGAGGGGGUGGGGCUUCCGAGGAGGGCCAGGAGGUAGCCGUGGAGCUCCCAGAGGUGGUCGCGGGGGUAGAGGAGGAGGUGAAGGAGGACGCGGCGGUGGUAUGAAGGGCGGAGCGAAAGUAAUCAUCGAGUCACACAGGCACGAAGGUGUGUUUGUUGCCAAGGCCAAGGAAGACGCGCUCGUCACGAAGAAUCUUGUGCCUGGGGAGAGCGUGUAUGGAGAGAAGAGAAUCUCUGUUGACAACGAGGAUGCAACCAAGACGGAAUACCGUGUGUGGAAUCCCUUCAGGUCGAAGCUCGCGGCUGCUAUCCUUGGUGGUGUGGACAACAUCUGGAUUAAGCCCGGUGCUCAUGUGCUGUACCUAGGAGCUGCCUCGGGGACGACAGUUUCACAUGUCUCUGAUGUCGUAGGGCCGUCUGGUAUUGUCUAUGCUGUAGAGUUCUCUCAUCGCAGUGGGCGAGAUCUUGUGAACAUGGCGAAGAAGCACACUAAUGUCAUUCCCAUUAUUGAGGAUGCCAGGCAUUCGAUGAAGUACCGUAUGCUGGUCGGUAUGGUGGAUGUCAUCUUUGCGGAUGUCGCUCAGCCGGACCAAGCCCGAAUUGUGGCAAUUAACGCGCACAACUUCUUAAAGAAUGGCGGUCACUUCGUUAUUUCCAUCAAGGCUAAUUGUAUUGAUUCAACAGUGCCUGCGGAGGCUGUAUUUGCUUCUGAGGUGAAGAAGCUGCAGAAGGAGCAGUUCAAGCCCGCGGAGCAAGUCACUCUUGAACCAUUCGAGCGAGACCAUGCUUGUGUAGUUGGAACUUAUCGUGCACCGAAGAAAGCAAAGGCUGCUGCUGGUUCAUAGAUUUUACUGCUAAUUGAGGUUUAGACUAAGCAUACUCCACAAUUUAGAAAUAGAACUAAUUUUAAAUUCAUCUAUUCUUCAGAUCAAACCAAGCUUAUUGCAGUUCCAGGCGCCUCUCUUCACGGCUGUAGAAGUGAGCUCACAUGCCUAAAUUUGACUCGUCCCCUGAAAUUUAGCUUCGUGGAAUCGCCCUCGGUUAAGUGAUGAAAGAGCUGAUGAUUAGAUGUAUCGUAUUGAUCUGCUUGCUUGAGCAGCGUCAGUGAUACAGUUUGCGACAUGCAGUUACCAGCAUUGCUUCUGUUGAAUGUCACAAGUUGUGCAUUUCUUCACUUAAUGAUCGAAUUUCAUGCUCAUGGAUUUGUUUUUA